GUUUUGCGGCUCAUUCCAUUCACAACAACCUCCCACGCCAAACGAACAGCUUCCUUCGCGCAACGCAACGCCAUCUCCUCCGUCACCGGCAUUAACCGUCGAAGAGUCAUCGCUUAGUCGCUGUCGCACUCAUCUCAAAUUGAGCCCUAACAAUCCAGAACCACCCACCGCUAGACUCCGCGCAGCGAGUCGGUUGCCACCGCGAAGAUGGGCAAAGCCGAACCGGGCUCGACCAAAUACCUCUCCAACAAGAUGAAACAGAAGGGCCUGACCCGCCUCCGCUGGUACUGCCAGAUCUGCGAAAAGGCUUGCCGCGAUGAGAACGCAUUCAAAAUGCACUGCCAGUCCGAAAGCCACAUGCGCCGUGCGCUCGAAGCCGGGCAGAACUUCAAGAGCGUCCAGGAGGACUAUAGCAAACAAUUUUUGCACGAGUUUAUUUCCUUACUGAAAACGGCCCACGGCGAGAAGAGCAUCCACGCCAAUAAGUUCUACCAGGAGGUCAUCGCCAAGAAGGACCAUACGCAUCUGAACGCCACCAAGUGGCAUUCCCUGACCGACUUCGUGAAGUACAUCGCGAGAGAAGGGAUUGUGAGGGCCGAGGAGAAGGAGGACGGGCUAUUCAUCGCUUGGAUCGACGACUCACCUGAGGCGAUGAAGCGGAGAGAGGCGGUGAGGAGGAAGGAGAUGCAGGAUAAGGGAGAUGAAGAGAGAGAACAGAUGAUAUGGGGGGAAGAGGAGGACGAGGAAAAGGGGAAGGAAUUGAAGAGGGAGGAGGGCGAAAAGAUCAAGUUGAGCUUCGGGACCAAGACGACGGGGAAAAGCACGACACCUGAGGUCGCUACCCGUUCGCCGAGCGCAGGCGCCGAGGGUUCUGGUUCAGAUCUUACCAAAAGGACAAGCAAUGGAGAGACAAAAAAGGAGGAGGAGGAGGAGGCCAAGCCUGGCGAGGUGACAGCCGCAGUGAAGCCGGUGUCUCUAAAGUUCGGCGCCAAGCCGCAACCAAAAAAUGUCUUCAAGAACGCGUUUGCCGGCGCUCCGAAGAAGGUCAUGGCCGCUCAACCAAAGAAGAUGAGCGAGGCGGAAAGGAUCAUGAAGGAGGAGCUAGAGCGGAAAAGAGCGCGGGAAGCCGGCGGCGGGCCUCCCCAGAAGAGGCCGCGGUUCUAGGAGGCUCGAGACCUGGGGAUACGGAGUGUCAUAUACUGCAUUGUUCUGGCGUUGCGGGUUGCUGGCUUUGGAAAGAGCAUGAUACCAGGACAGGGAUAAAAGGGCAUGACGUGGUUCAACCAUUAGAUACCUAGAUAAAUACGCUAAAUGUCGAGA